AAUGCAGUUUUGCCAAAAGCACAAAACUUGAGGCGAAUGACUAUCAGAAGUUAUCUCGUUAUUUUAUGACUUUAUCGAAAUGUGCAACCUUCGAAGUGUCACGCCUGUUUAUUGUAGUGUGGACCCCUGUCAAGCAGUCACCGAAAUUUCGGGCCUGGAUUUUCCUAGGGCAUCUCGGAAAAAUAUUACGAGGGUUAGCGGGAAUCGGUAUUUCCAGUCAUUAACAAUGGGUGCAAUAUGGCGCCUCCCUUUCUUUCACAGUGUUCUUUCAUCAUGCCUCGCAGAACGCUGCUGUAAAAAGCUACAUUGUGCGGAAUUUGGAACAAACGACUCUUGGAAGAUAUGAACAGCAAUCCAGAUAAAUGUCGAAAGCGAUGCUUCGGUGGCGAUCCACGCUUACUACCCCGCAUCAAACAAGUACUCGAAGAAACCACCGACCCGGACGACAUUGCGGAUAGGCUGCAAAACUUAUUUCCCGAGUAUCGAAGAAAGAAAAGGAACCCUUUCGUGUUCGCCAUCACCGAGAUUCUCCAAGGAUUAACUCAAGAUACACCCGACGCAAACAUGGUGAAUAAAUCCGUCACGGAUCUUUACAAAGAAUCACCGAGGAGAAAGAAAGCAAGAAAAGAUGACGUUGAUCAAGUAGUGGAGGAAGCGAUCGAGAAACGGCAAAAAGAGGUUGCCUUGUAUGAAUCGACAACCCGAUUUUCAGAGCUUGGCGGCAUCCAAGGUCCUUUGGUAGAAGUAUGCAACAUGUUAAUUCAUCUUAAGCAUCCUGAAGUGUACAAGAAGCUGGGAGUGAUGCCACCUCGAGGAUUCCUUUUGCACGGGCCCCCUGGAUGUGGCAAGACACUGCUCGCACAUGCUGUGGCUGGGGAACUAGAGCUGCCCAUGAUCAAGGUAGCAGCUCCCGAAGUGGUGGCCGGUGUCUCGGGAGAAUCGGAGCAACGGAUACGAGAGUUGUUCGAGAAGGCUGUCGCCUCCGCACCUUGUAUUCUCUUCCUGGACGAAAUCGACGCCGUCACACCCAAACGGGAAACGGCCCAGCGCGAGAUGGAACGUCGAAUUGUGGCUCAACUGCUUUAUAGCAUGGACAAUUUAAGCCAGAGUGGAGCCCAAGUGCUCGUCAUUGGAGCAACAAAUCGGCCAGACGCACUGGACCCAGCCCUUCGUAGGGCAGGAAGGUUUGACAGGGAGAUCUCUCUGGGUAUUCCCAACGAGGCUGCACGAUCACAGAUACUGCAGGUGCUGUGCAAGAAACUCACUUUGAGUACAGACGUGGACUUUGAGUGGUUGGCCCAUCAAACACCAGGCUUUGUUGGAGCUGACCUCAUGGCUCUCACAAGGGAGGCUACCAUGGCAGCCAUUAAUAGAGUGUUUCAUACCACAUUCCACACUGAAUGUUCCAAGCUAGAGAGAACAUUAUCUCUAUUGAGAGAAACAACUCCAUUCAACGAGGAACAGCUGGCUAACCUGUCUGUCGAGUUUCAAGAUUUCAAGAUGGCUCUGAAGGCAGUUCAGCCCUCGGCUACACGGGAAGGAUUUGCUAGCGUUCCUCACAUCACAUGGGACCAUGUGGGUGCUCUUACUCACGUACGGGAAGCAUUGCAAAUAGCUAUUAUGGGUCCCGUGAAACACCGUGAGAAAUAUGAAUCCUUGGGGUUGACCACUUCAACGGGCAUCUUGCUUUAUGGGCCCCCAGGUUGUGGAAAAACUCUUCUCGCUAAGGCUGUGGCUAAUGAGGCGGGCAUAAACUUCAUCUCAGUCAAGGGUCCCGAGCUUCUCAACAUGUACGUGGGCGAGAGUGAGCGUGCUGUGCGACUGUGCUUUCAGCGUGCUCGCAACUCAGCUCCGUGCGUCAUUUUCUUUGACGAGCUGGAUGCCCUCUGUCCAAGACGAUCAGAUGCUGGUGAGGGAGGGGCCACAGCUCGGGUCGUCAAUCAGAUGCUCACAGAGAUGGAUGGACUGGAGCCGAGGAAACAGGUGUUUGUCCUGGCAGCUACCAACCGUCUGGACAUAAUUGACCACGCAAUGCUUCGUCCAGGAAGACUGGACCAGACCCUGUAUGUGGGUCUCCCUAGUGACCAAGAUCGUGUGGACAUCCUACAUAAGCUGACACGCAUUCAGCCCAAACUCCACCCAGACGUCUCCCUCAGGGAUUUGGCCGCUCGUUGCCAACGCUUCUCAGGAGCUGAUCUGGCAGCACUGGUACGCCAGGCAUCCAUCUUGGCUCUCACGGAACACCUCAAGGAUGAGACGAUGGAUUUGCUUGUGACUGCUCAACAUUUUGAUGCAGCUUUGCACAAAGUAAAGCCUUCCAUAGCUAUGGAAAAACAUGGUCAGAGUUGAUGUAUCCCGAGCCAAUCAAAUAUAUUUGGAUUAAAAAUUGGACAAUAAAU